AAGCUCCUCUUUGAAAUCUUUUAGUUUUGUGCUUGAUUCCCCCGUGUAUAUUGACUAUAUCCUUAGCAUCUCAGCCGAAAAACUUGAAGACAUACUUGUUCACUUGGAUCUUCGUAACUGUGUCAAGAAUUUGGUCAAUAUUUUUGCUCCAAAUCUUAAGUAUUUGAAAUUGUCAGGGGAUGAUGUAUGGAUUGGCCAAAGUUUGGGGAAAUCUACGUCUUUAGAAAAAGCCGAGUUUUUUCUGGAAUCUAAUCGCCGUUGCUUUAAAAUAUUGUCUGAGGUUCUCUGCAGUAUAAACAAGGUUGAAACUCUUGUUCUAAACAGAGAGACCACCAUGGCUGUCUUCUAUGGAGAUUUCAUGCCACUGCUAUUAGAGAAUGUUUGUUAUUUGUCUAUUCAUGUUGGAAGCUUUCGUGAUAUGCUAGUCCCAGGAAUGGUCUCCACUUUUGAAGGAAUGUGUAAUUUGAGUACUCUGGAAAUAAAGUCUGACCCAGAAUUCUUUGAACCUAAAACUGAUUGUUCUGGGUUUAAUAUGGGAUAUUGGAGAUUGCAAAACAUUUCUUUUAUUCAUCAACUUAAGGAAGUAACCAUAGAGCUUUCCAUUGGAUCUAAUGGAAUUCAGUUUGCAAAAUAUGUGCUCGAGCAUGCUCAGAAUUUGAAGAAAAUGACAGUUUUUCAUGCACCUCAGCAGUCGAAAGCUGUAAGGAAGAUAACAAAAAGCAAGAUUGCUUCCAGUGCCAAACUUGUCUUUUUGGAGGAUAGAGAAAGAGGUUGAUAAUCAUAAUCUGAACAGCUCACCAGAUGAAGGGUCGUCAAGGGUUGUCUCCCCAAACUUCCAGAGAGCUCAAUUAGAUCAACUGUCUUCUCUAUGCUGUUCAAUGUUUUGUUUGAAUCUGAGUGUACGUGUUAUUUUCGUUUAACUCAACUGUGUACUGACUGAUAAUCCUAGAUCAUAUGUGCUUUUUUUUGAAGUUACAUAAUUUGGUAGAUUACGUGAAGCUUAUGGUUUUUGAUUUUUUUA